AUGGAAUCUUUAAUAAACAAGCUCAACAAGUGGCAUGAGUUGAAGAAGAGGCAUUCCUACAUGCUGGACCAAAAAAGAGAAAAGGAGGUGGAGGCGGUUAUUGAGAAGGUAAAGAGAACUCGGGACAUUGAAAUGCUUUUGGGAAUACUAGCCACCGAUUCAGAUAAAUGCAAGGACCUUGAAGGGUUUCUGAGUACCGAGUUCAAAAGAAGUAUAGGAUUCAACAGUAAGGAAAGAAUAAACACAAUCAUCAAAUGCAUGUGCAUUUUGGAUUUUGAAUGCGAGAGAUAUAGAUUGAUGAUGAUAGACCAUCUUGAAAACAUUUACUCAAAGAUAGGCAAGGCUUCUGUUACGGAAAGGAUAGAAAGCCUCGCAAGGCUUAAAGAAUAUGACGAGACAAACGGACUUCGGAUUCAUGAGUACAUUGAAAGUAGAAUCAAUGAAGAGAUUGAUAGAUAUGUUGAAAGAAUACCUGUUGAGAAUCCAAAAGAAUUAGAUGGAUGGCUAAAUGAGAUGGUUGGGGUGUGUAGAUACAGGCCAAGGGUUUUGGAAAUGUAUAAAGGCCUUGAAAUCAAGUAUUUUUCCAUGUGUCUUGGGAUUGUUAUGAUGAAUGACAAAACCAGCGCUUUGGAAGAUACAGUGUAUCUGGUCAAUAAGAUUCGUCGUAGAAGCGCUGCAGUUGGGGUGUCCAUAGAUAAUGAAGUUAUGGGAAAGCUAAACGAGUAUGAAAUGUUAUGGGAAGGGGAUAUCAAGGCGUUAUUUCUAAAGUGA